CUAUCCUGCAUACAUAUACACACUCCCACAAACACGAUGAUUGAUGUCUUUCCCUUCUCUGACCCGCUCCGUCUUUCUCAGCAACCCUUUCUGCAGCUCUUAGACUUUCCAUUUGUUCUCGGGUGAAGUGUGCGGUGGAACUGGUUGUGCAGAGCUCCAGCACAUGCUGUCCCAGAUACACACUAAGCACCAGCAGCAGCAGUGGAUCAGCGUGCCUCUCACUUUACCGCCUGUGACUUUAUCCGCUGCCUUUUCCCUCCAGCACUCCUCCUCUCAGGACCGACUUCCUUUGUCCACCAGGCAUGUUUCCUUUCAAAGUGCUGAACGCCAAGGGAUGAAGAACAGACAAAUGGUGCUUGGGGAGAAGAUGAGGAGGCAUUAGUGGAUAAAAUGUGAUAUUGCUGGAGCGCCAUGGAGAUGCCAGAGUGCCAAAAGAAUAUGAAAAAAACAGACUGAAUAUGAGGGAACGGAGAGGAAGAAUCAGGUUGGAAUCAGGAAAGAAGAAACACCGGAAAAAGUUGGCUUCAGCUUCACCUUUAAGACGGACAUGCCGUACUCUAUGUGCUCUGAAGACAGUCUUCGGCUGUGCUGGGGUCAUGUUAUGACAAAAGGAAACGUCAGAAGUGUGGACCGGUGCUUCAGGAGACUGGACCGUAUAUUCAAUACGAAUGAGGGCGUGAUACACGCUGCAAGAGUGGGUAAAGGCUUUGACAUCAAGCUGAAGGAGAUCCUAGAUGCAGUGAUCCUCCCCUUGGUGGAGGAGUUUGACAAAAAGCUGAAUAUGGACAGCGUGUACGAGAGCAGGUUGCAGACAGCAGCAGACAAUUUCAUUGCAGCUGCCUCCAAACUGCCUAGAGUUUCUGGGUGUUUUCCUCCAUGCGGUUUUCAAAGUGCAGGCGCUGUGUACAACUGUAUCACCUGCCAGUAUGACUCCUGUGAAUUCCCACUCGACUGUCCAGUUGAAGAAAUUGAAGUAAUGGAGAACAGCGGGGCGCGAAUGUGGUGUGGUGUGCCUUUUGACCUACCGAAUGAUAUUGAGGUGAUCUGGAGGUUUGCAGAGGAGGUCAAAACACAGGAAAUGGACCAGUUUAAGGAGGUGACUGCAGGAGUGGACAGGCUUUACUCUAUUCCAUCAACUAGCUUGCAGCAUCAGGGCACCUACCAGUGUGACAUUUACUCAGGUAGUCGCUCCAUUGUCAGGCUCUACUACUUCAUCACAGUGACCCCCCAGCUUGUGGUAGGCCACACAAAGCUGCAGGAGAUAUUUGACCUGUCUCUGCUCCCAGGAGGGAAGUUACUUGUCACGCCUAGUGCUGCUCCUCACUCCUUUCUCCGACUCCUCCUGUUUCUUCUCACCACCUGUUUAACCACUUCACUGGUGCUGCUGUUCCUCUCCCUGGGGGUCCUGUACUGUUCAUCAUUAGCAGAGGUAGACCACCCUGUAGGAGAUUUGGAUGAAGAGGAUUAUUUUGAUUUUUAAUUGUUGAGCUUGAAUACUGUAGUCUUUAUUAAAGAUGUUCAAAAAGCACAGGGUAUUUUGUGAAGCAUUAUGUCACAGUUAAAUGUAAACAUGUGUUUAACUGUUCUCACCACUAGAGGUCAGGAAACAUGUUUUUAUUAGAAUAAUCAACAUGGUGGCUUUCUGUAAGCAUUAAACAUAUUAAAACCAAUUGUUUUAAAUAAAGUACAACAUAUUUCUUACCAUAUA